AAUAAUAAUGUACUGACUGUUUCAUCAUUACAAUAAAGUCUCUUUGCUCUUUCCAGGUAAAUAAAAGGAAUGGAGCACAGAACCACCUCCAUAACGAGUUAUCCUGCUUCGAGCACAGAAACCAGUUCCUUAUGUCUGUGAUCACAGAGCUGUGAUUGAGAUGGAUACUCUGCAGGAGCCGUCUUCGUCGUCGUCGUCGCGGCACGGCGAGCGAGCUCAUCACGUCAAGUCGCACUCGCGGGACCUGGGCACCAGCCCCUUAUCCGCCAACACCACCGGCAAUAGCUCCAGAGAUCUGGAAGACUCGCCGCAGAAGAAGAUUCUCUCGGGCCUGAUGGCACCAGGCGACUACUCCGGCCCAGUGUACAGCCCCAAUGUGUCUUACGCGCUCUCUGAUGAUUACGGCUCACCUGCUUAUAGAGGUCAAGACGGUGAUUAUUCAAUUCAAGAUGAAAGUGACGGUGGUAACGUGACGUCGUCGAAGGCGCUGGCUGCCAUAGCCCACCUCAACUCGAAGAUUGAACGCACCAAGGACCUGAUACGGCUAGAACAAACUAUUAGGGAUGAUAAUGUAAACGAAUACCUCAAGUUAGCGGCGAACGCGGACAAGCAACAACUGCAACGCAUCAAGGCUGUGUUCGAGAAGAAGAACCAGAAGAGUGCGGUGUGCAUCGCCCAAUUGCAGAAGAAACUUGAGGGGUACAACAAGAAGAUCAAGAGCUGGGAGGUGAGAAUUCAACAUGGCACAAGUGGACAAGCGCACAGGCAACCUAGAGCAGUAUUACGUGAUAUGGGGCAAGGACUGAAAAACGUGGGCGGCAACAUUCGGGACGGUAUCACCGGGCUAGGGGGCAGCGUGAUGGCGGCGCCUAGAGAGUUCGCGCACCUCUUCACUCGCAACAACCGCUUCGGGUCAGCAGACAACAUCGCGCAGCUCGCCGCGAACGCGUCGUCGGAAGGCUCGCGCGCGUCGGAGGCAGGCGAGGCAGCGGCGCCGCGCGGCUCCACAUUACCGCGCGCCGCGACUUCGCCCGCGCCCAAGUUCUCGCCCGACGCCUCGCCUAGCUCCUCGGUCACCAGUGAAGGCGCGCCGUAUCCAACGCAAACUGGCUCCAACAACAUUUCGGAGCCAACGUUUACGAUCAAGCCUAUAUUGAACGAGCUGCGCGAGCGCAAAGAAGAUUAUGAACGGUUAGCGGAGAAAAUCGAUGCGCUCAAGAAUUUAUCACAAGAAGUAUCGUUCCUGUCGGCUGCGUUACAAGAGGAACGCUUCAAGACUGAACGGCUAGAGGAACAAAUCAAUGAUCUCACUGAACUUCAUCAAAACGAGGUAGAGAAUUUGAAACAAGCUUUAACAGACGUCGAAGAGAAAGUGCAAUACCAGAGCGAGGAGCGGAUACGAGACAUACAUGAAGCUUUAGAUCUCUGUCAGACUAAGAUAAGCAAGUUAGAACAAUGGAUGGCGGGGGGCGGGGGGGCUGGCGGGGGUGCCGCGGGGGGCGGCGAGGCGGCGGGCGCGGGCGCUCUGCCCCCCCGCCUGCUGCUAGUCAAGCUGCUCAACGUGGCGCUCACGCUCCUGCAGCUGGCGCUAUUGUUGGCUGCCACUGUCGCCGGGGUCGCGAUGCCAUUCCUGCGCACUAGGGUACGCGUACUCACUACAAGCGUAGCUGUAAUGGUGGGCGUGAUGGUGCUCAAGCAAUGGCCGGAAGUGACGCAACUAUCAGAACACCUAGCCCGUCGCCUGAAAGAAUAUCUACUAGACAAGCACCACGACAGGUAUGAAUGCAGAUCGUUAUGUGGUUGAUAGUAAAUAUCGACCGUUUGUUGGAAAAUUCCUUGCUGAUAUUGCAAUUCUGUCUGUGGGUAAAAGAAUGGUAAAUAUAAUUACUACGCGUUCGCUUCGAAAUGGCCGUUCCUACUCAGCCCGCCUCACCGCAAUGCGCCCCUAGACAGACCCACAUUAAUCGAUCCUAUUGGUCAACGGACCAGUUGAUGUGCCUGCGAUUGGCCUGUAACACAUUUUGUAACAGUUAUCGACGGCCAACUCGAAGCAUACGGGUAGUAUUACAAACAAUACUUACUGUCAACGAAACUGGACGUAGGUUUUGUACAAAUUGGAUCCUUGAUCAAUUCAUUAAUGUCUCAUGGAGGGGACGACUUGUGAAAUAUAGUAAAACAUGUUCCUAGCUUUCUUGAUAAGUUACUUUAUCUGUAUUCCAUUAACUGUCGGAAUUAAAUUAAAAGUCUGGAGCACAUGAUUAAGUUAUUAAAGACAAAAAAAAUAUUUCUCAAUAGAUUUUGUACCUUAAUGUGUUGCAAUAUAAAUUUGAAAUUAAUUUAGGAAAAUUGUCGAAUUAUUCAUAUAUUUUAUUUCAACAUUUAACAGCUACACUUUCGUAUAUUGGAAGAAAUUUUAUGCUAACUCGUAUAAGCGCUAUUUGUACUUCGUUUGUAUGAACCGAAUACAAUGUAUAUAACUUUUCUUUAGUAAUGUCAAAUUGGGAUCCAAUUUGGAUACAUACUCCAUUUGUCUUCAAACGUCGCCCAUACUUGAAGUGUAAUUGAAAGUAUUUUAAUUAGACGUUUCUUUUUUCACAACGCCUUGAUGUAUUUUUAAUUUAAUAAUGUUAAAAAUGUUCCUGAUGUGAACAAAAGAAUUAUCGGCAAAAUUUUAUUAAAUUAUUAUAUUUCAUUAUAUUCUAAAUUAUAGUGUAUUUGACGCUGUUAAAGCUCUAUUUAUUUUGUCAUUCAUUAUACUUUUAACUCAUAACUUUGAACAUGAACAAUUUUUAUGUGAUUCUCUACUCAAACGAUGUUAAGUUUCGAUAAAAGAAUAUCUUUAAUAAAAAAAAUAAGGAAAAUAAAACUUAAAAAAACACAUCACAAUUUCAAUCAACAUUAAAUGGCUAAGCUAAUCAUUUACUUCUUAUUAAAAAUGUUCCUUCGUUAAGCACAUAAUUAAAUAAAUCUAAGUUUAUUUUUGUGAAGUGUAGGGAACUUGUAUUAAUUAUAGUUACUAUAAUUGUAAGGAUUUAUGUUCACAUACAAUGAAAGCAAUAACUUUAUCGAGAGAGAAAAUCAUAUUUCGUCAAUACAAGACUGGAGUGGUGGAUGCUAUAAUAGACUCUAUACCGUUUUGUUAACGUUUAUUUUGAAAAUAUUCUUGACACCGAGAAAUUAUACUGUCAAAAUGUCAUUGACUGCAAUAUAGAGUCGAUAAUUUAAUAACAGUACAGUCUUAAACCGAUUGAGAUUUCCGAAGUCUCCUCGAAUCACUGAAUACCAUUGCCAUAGAUAUUGCAGUUUUAUAAUGUAAAUAAAAAAGCAAUAAGUCACAUUACGAAGAGCAGUCAAAUUAACCGAAUCGAUUUGUGCUUUACGUUGUCGUAUUAAAAUUUGAAGAAAUGACCACAUAUAUCACGUUCCUCGCCAUUUUUCUCUUAUCCCUCUUUAUCACCUAGAAGCUUCAUUUACUACAGGUUUAAUAAAGGUUGAUUCGGCCAAAUUGUGCGUUAUAUAACAAUGAACAACUCCGUACGCAUAAUACAAAAUAUAGCAACCUCACUCGCUCUAAAAACGAUACUUGUAUGUAACUGAUAAAGGGGUAUGUUAUGGGUUGAAUGGUAAUGAACACACGUAGGUGUAGUACUCUCUAUAAUUAGAAAAUACUCUACUGAAAAGUUCUAAAAUGUGAUUAUUAAAUCCUAUUACUUUAAUAUUACGGCACAUUUUAGGUUGGCAUUGCAGCUUUAACAUCUAAGUCCUGUAUUCAUAGUAAACAUUUGAGUAAAGGAGUAACAGUUUAUCAACAUUAUUAAUAAACAACUGCAACACGUUGACAUCGAAUCAGCAACAUUAAAAUUCAACUUUGUUUACAAUGAACAAGGGGCGUCAAUAUGUCAUGAAUUGAUUAUCAUUAAAAAAUCUGUCUUUCUUAAUCCAAGUUAAUAAUUACAUUCUUCAAAAUUUACUGAAAGAAUCAUUGUUAAUAUGAAAAGUUUCAUUGCUGUUUCUCAUUAUCGGUUGACAUUUACUACAUAAAAAUGAUAUCUUUGUUACGUGCAAUCGUUAUAUUAUAUCGUUAAUAUAAUAAAAUGAUAAUUUGGAAUUUGUAAUUCUAUCAAUAAUUGUAUUAUAAAAAUAUUUAUGUAGGUUUUCACAAUGCCAUCACCAGUGUAGUUAUUCAUUUUAAAUGUAAUUUUAUAAAAUCGACAUAACUAAAACCGACUGAUGAUUUUGAUGUUAUUAUUAUCAUAAUUUUAAUGGCUUUAUUCGAUUUGUGAUGUUAAUGGAUUGGCGUUAGGAAUUAGUCAAUUUUGAAAAUAAUAUUUAUUAUUGUAAUUUGUUAGCUAAUGGCGAAUUUUAAUUAUUUUUGACUCGUGUUUGUGAUCACACGCAACACCGAUGUUGUCAAUUUUGUAAGUUUUAAAUACGAGUCUUACGGUGUAAAUUGUAAUUUUUUUAUUAGACAAUUUAUUGUUUGAAUUACGAGCGUAGCUGUUUUCGAUCGUGCGGUGAUGUUAUUAUUAUUAUAAACUAGGACAUGCUUGAAGCUUUAUUAUAAAUGCCUUGACUAAUAACUGGACCGAAUAUUUCACAUAGAUUUUGAGCUCUAUAGUAGACAGAAUAAGUUCUAAUUUGUAUCGAAAGAAGGCUUACACACUCAUUAAAUGGCUACACGAUCGGAAAUAAGCACAUCGUGUAUCAACAGAAUAAUUAGUGAAAUCUCUUUUUCUUCUGAACGAAACUAAACUAUACAUAAUUUUUAACGAGAAUACAUUCCAAAAUCACCUACUUAGUAGAGAGGGUAGAUGCUAACAAUAUAAUAUUAUAUAGAUUCAACCUCAGAGGUCCUCGGACAUCGUUGAAAUGUACAAAUAAUAGUGACGCUUUUUUCCACUACGGUUCGUGUUGUGUGUAUAUUAUGUAAAUAUUUUUUUACAUAGCGGUGUAUAAUUAUUAUAUAGAAAUGUUAAUUUUUAUGUCAUAAAGAAUUUUGUUCGAGUUAAAUAAGAUGUUGCAUGCCUUGAUUUUCGUUAUUUGUUGGAGUAAUUUCUUUAUUAGUCUGAAAUUUUGCGCGAUAGAAUGCAAAUUGGUCCUUAAAUAUAUCUUGAAACAUGUAUAUGUACAUGCCAGUUAUUAUUUUAAACUUUUAUAGGUUUUUUUAUAAAAUGUUAUCUAGAGUUACAACUAUAAAAGAACCAAGUUGCUCCCUUGGUUAGUAACUGUUAGAUCGUUCACAAAAUAAUACUUUAUGAAUCAAUUUUAUCUUAGAUUCCAUGUUUAUAAGAAAUGAAUAUAUUUUUUUACCUGUGUUCAAGUUCUCCCAUCGAAAAUUUGUGAAGUUAUUAUUUUUGUUGCCGGCUAUGGAUUGAAAUAAAUCAUCACAAUUUUACCAACUUGUAUCAUUUUCAGUGAAGCAGUCUCCUAUUGUCUUAUUUUGACUCUUAUUCUGAUAUCAUUCAAGUUGAACUAUGAUCUGAUAGGUAAAUAUUUUUAAAAGUGAAAUAGAAGAAAUAAUAUUGUGAUGGAGGGUGUCGCCAUCUAAAGAUAUAGGGUUCAAUUCCCGAUUGGAUGAAUGUAAGAAAACAAUUUUGUCUUUAGCGUUUCGAGCUGGAUUUUUAGUAAAGACAAACUAAAUUAGACUCUAGUGUAAUGCUAGCAUAUACUGUUAUCAUUAUAGACAUAGAUCAAAUACAGUCCGGUCCUUGAUUAUAUCAGAGUCCAGAAUACAGUCCAGUCUAUCAAGCCAAAUAAUCAUGUCUUUACUCAUUUUUGUUAUAUAUAUAUUUAUUAUCAGUUUUAGAACUAUGUUAAAAAGCAAUGUAAUUGAAUCUUUAUUGAUAAAUAGUCACUAUGAUAACUUAGUAAAAUCGACAUCCUGUCCCCGUAGCAUAGGCGCCACAAUUUACAUUAUAUCACGUUUAAAAACUCAACAUUGAAAUGAGAGCUAUUAAUAUAGAUUGAUAGAUACCGAGUAACUGCGGGUUACUUUGACCUAAAAUAUGCACUUAAUAAAAUUGUAGCUUCUCUUUGUGACGAAUAUGUCACGUUUAUAUCUUGCAAUUUUGAACUUUAAAGUAUAAAUUACAAAGUUAUCAUACGAAAAUAGGAAAAAAUAAUAUUUAAGGGUUAGUAUAUAUUUUUUUAAUUUUGGGCCAAAGUUGGCCUUAAAGAGGGUUACUUUAGCCCGUUGAGUUUUCUUUGUGAAAAAAACGCAUUUUAAGCCAUGUUGGGGUUAAGAAACCCUUAUAACAGAUCACCAUUAGCAUACUGAAUACACAAAUUAAGUUAUAUAAAAAAUAUAACUUUAAAUUUAGAAAAAAUAGUAAACUUACCGAAAACCACAGUUUUGAGAAAGUUUGCGCAUGAACUUGCGAACUAUUUUAGUUACAAAAAAUCCCGCGUUACAAUGACAACUUGAUACAGGAACGAUGUCGGUAAAACAACAAGAGAUACUGAUGGGGCGGAAGUUCAAUAUUUUUUCUGAUUUGGGACAAAGUUACCCGCCCGAGCUAAAGUAUUGAAAAGUGUUGAGAUUUCAACUACGAUUUGUUUGCAUUGUCCAGUUAAGCUUUUACAAUAUAACGGGUGUUCGGCCUGCUAAGUUCAAUUAACUGUGCAGUCCGUUUUUUCGAGUAACCUUCUAUUAGGUACUGAUUUAGCGUGCUCUAAUCCUGGUUGCUGUGAUAAGGAAGGUAUAAGGAUAUAGUGAUAAUGUACACAUUCAAUUCAGUAUGAAUAUUUAUUACAAUUGUGAAAAAGUAAAAAAAAAUUGAAUCAACUAAAAUAUAAAUAAAUUGAUCUGUUACAAUAUUAUAAAUAGAGAACUGCAUUCGCAGUAUAAUUUUACCAACCAUCAUGAGGCCGCUCAUUUCAGUAAAAAAAUAUGGGAAACUAGAAAUUAUGUUGUGUUUUAUGUUAAAAACAAUAUAAUUAUGAAAAUCUCAAUACAAUUUCUAGCUACAAAUUACAUAAAUACAAUUUCUAGAUUUCAAACUACAAAGUCUCUCGUGUUUUAUUGAUACUUAGUUCCUCUUUUGUUUUAGUAAAACUUCACGAUAAAAUAACUUUCAUCUGUCGAUAGACACUCGUUCCCUAAUAACUCAGCCUCAGUUAUAUGAGUAAAGUAAGGUAGUGAGUAGUUAGGUAACUACUCAGAACUCUUGUAAGCUAAUCUCUCUUUAACCUACCAAGGCAUACUGUAACAAUUUUUGAAUGAAUAAAAUUCUAUUCCAAUCCGUCUCUAACCAAGGAUGGAUUAUUACAAUGGGUCCAUAAUAUGUUCAGUUAAAACCAGACCACUACGACGGCUAAAGAAAUAUUAAAUACUUAAAACACAUCUCAUAAAAAAAUAAAUAAAAUCUUAAAACAAAUCUAUGAUAAAAAUGCUGAUACCGUAUCACUCAAACUUCAUUUAGGUAAGUAUAUAAAAAGGAACUGAUUUCAUAAAUUAUUUUAAAUUAAACUUCUACGGCUGAUUAACCUCUUCGCCUGCAUCGUCGGCGACUCGUGAUCUGGACAUGUCUGGUUUGGGUAGCAGCGGUGGUUUAUCAACACCAAGACCUGAGUCGUCGAAGUCUUCACUGUCAGGCUGGUCCACAAUCUCGACGGAUUCAAUGGAGUCGUCGAGAAAAUCGACCAUCUCUGCUUCUGGUACGUGCCUUUUAAAGUACAAGUAUUUUUUUAAACAUGCAUGCAUACAUUUUGAACUUUUUGUUAUUAUACAAAAUCCUCUAGAGAAACAAGCUACUUGAACUUACACAGAAGAUUGAAAAGUAAAGAGAAAAUGAUUUAGUCAAAGCGGGAUAGAAAUAGAAUAAAGAGUAUCAAUAAAAUGCAAUAAUAGCUGUAAUGCAGCCAACAGGAGAUCUGCGCCCCUAGGAUGAGCACCCCGAUAUGAUAUAAACAAGCUCUUAUCACGCUCAAUUGUUCAAUUACUAUGAAGUUUGACAGUAUAAGACGCGAUAAAAACGUGAUAUAAUGUAAAUUGUGGUGCCUAUGCUACGGGGACAGAAUAAAGAUUUAACUAAUAAUAAAUAGUGAUUAUUUAUCAAUAAAGAUUCAAUUACAUUGCUUUUUAACAUAGUUCUAGAACUGAUAAUAUAUAAAUAACAAAAAAAAAUGAGUAAAGACAUGUUUAUUUUAAUAUCAAGAACUGUGUCAAAAAGCAAAACAAUUGAAGCACCAUUAAUACAACAUAAUCGUUGACUUAGUAAAAUCGAUGGUUAGGUUAAAAAAAUGGCAUUUCUGAAGGAAACGUAAGAAAGAGGUUAGAUCAAAAACACAGUCGUAAAGCACUAGUCCCACCGCAUACGAUGAACCGGAAGCGAGCAGAUCUAGAAACUAGAAACGAGUUGGCGAUCAGCGGGAUGCGAGUGUGUAGUUCCGGUAGUUUUAUCGCCGAGUUAUAAGCGAGUGUGUGAGUACGAUGGGCAAAUACUCGCGCCACUCACUCGCAGUGGCAGUCCUGAGAAAAAUGUAAGCGCGCACGUCAAACUGCCAAGCGAGCAUCGCUGAGCAAGUAUUAUAUUUGAAAACGCUACAAGCGUUCAGCGAGCAGUGUGAAGUCAGCAAUUAACUACCAAUAUUAUGCAUCUAUUUUGUUUACACUUCCUCGCCGGCAUGCGGCAGUGGGACAACUGCCUAAAGUUUUAAUUUACCGCAUUAAUGGAAAGAAAACGACCCCGAGCCCAUAAUCAUAUUAAAACCACAGAAAAAUGGACGGCACAAAACUAACAUAUAACAGUCCCAAUAAAUCACAACAGAGUGUAUUUAAUAAAUAUAUACUUACAUCACAGGUGCUCCAUGUGGCGAGUUUUGUUUUUGUAACAUACAGCAAUCUUACCACGCAGCAGAUAAUUCGAGUUUUUGACAUUUCUAAAAUACUAGCUUCAAACCGCGACUACGUCCACGUUUUAAAUAAAUUGGUUAUUUUUUUAUCUAUUAGAAACCUUAAAUCAUUAUCAGCCUAUUACGGUCCCCACUGCUGGGGCACAGGCCUUCCCUAUGGAUGGAAAAGGGAGAUUGGGCCAUGAUCUACCGUCCGGCCCAGUGCGGAUUGGAAAUAAACUACAUGUGUGCCAAAUUUCAUCGAAAUCAUUCCAGCCUUUUUUGUAUGAGUAACAAACAUACAAAAACUUUUACAUUAAUAAGUCAUUACAGGUUAAAAUGCCGCAAUAACUUGAAGUGAUCAGCAAAAAAUAUUUGUAUCAAACACUCGAAUAAUGGAAGCUCCGCAUCGCGAUCGGUCGAAUGUUACAAAAUUAUCUUGCUUCUCAACGACACAACAGUUAUAACCAUGCAUCAUACAAACCCUUUAAUACUAGUCUCAUGCACUUCACUUGCCAACAUUACGUCCUUAUCAUGCUCUAUAAAGAAUGAAAAGGACAGACUGAUAUCAAGUUUACAAAUAGCUAACACGAACAAAGUGAAGUUCCGUCAUUAUAUAUUUUAUGGUGACACUCUGAACGUGCAUGUAAAGCACAAAUAUCACAUACAUAAUUCCCUUUUAUUUUGUUAUGAAACGAAAAUGUUUGAGCAUGUAAUGUCGUUCAUAAUGUAUCCUUGAUUUUAAAGUAAUGUAUUCUGAUACUACGACUACAUAAAGGCAUGACUUGCUCAAACAUCAGUCGCCAAUCCAAAGUGUUAAAUGAAUAAUUUGCUCCCAAAACAUCAAACAUAAUCUACGCUCCCAAAAACUCAUUGAACAGUCGUCAAGGCCGCGUUGUUUCAUUGAUAGUUAAAUUUGACUAUAGCUAAUGCCAAGUCAAAUGUACAUGCAAUGCACUAUGUAGUGAUGUAUUAAAUUUUAAUAAAUUGUUAUAUUUUAUAAAGAAUUUAACUUUAAUAAAAGUUUACUAUCGAUCAAACAACGGGGCAGUAGUUUUGGAAGCUUAUAUUUUUAUAAUGGACGAAUGGUGUGCAAUAAAUAAAUAAACAAAUUCUGUUUUACCAAUUCCGUUUUAUUUAUAUGCUUACAUAGUUUGUAUUUUAAUAUUACAUGACGGCUAGCGUGUAAAUCACUAAACAUUACGGAUAUAGGGAAUAAUAAGUGUUUUUUUUUCAUUUAAAAUGUUCUUUCUAAUCGAAUCGAUUCAUUGAUUAAAAUCAAAAAUCCCGUAUGUGUUCAAGGGUCAUAUCAAUAUAAUAAAAGCUUAUUCAAUAAAAUAUUCAAAUAAACCUUAAAACGUCUAACAAAAUAAAAAUUUACAGUUAAAAAAAUAUGAUUUUAAAAAUAAAUUGUUGUAUCCCCGAGGAAUGUUAUCAUAAUUCAAUAUAAAAAUGCACUAAAAAAUAUUUCACAAUAUCAAACUUAAUAGUAAUGUAAUAAUAUACAUUUCGUUUAACUUAAUAGCGAUUAGCGACAUGUCAUAAGAAAUAAGUAUAUUCAGGGUAAUAUAAUACGAAUAUAAAAAUGCCAAUGGGAAUGCCGAAUGAACUGAAGGGAAUGUUAAUGCUAUUAAAAUAUAUAUGAGAAUAUACAUAUAAAACUAAUAUAGGUAUGUGUAUUUGCGAAUGGCUUUGCGUCUCCAUAUAUCACAAAAACAAUUCCACAAUCACAUUAUUGCCAAUUCCCACACAUCAGCAAACAAUAAAUAAACGUACGGUCCUAAAGGGUCGCCCUAAUUGAACGCGAAUACACAAUGAUAGGCAUUACGCGCGAGCUUAAUUUAAAAAAAAUUGCCUCGAUCUUUAAUAAAUAAAUAAAUAUUUCCGACACUCACACCAAUUAGCCUAGCUCCAAAGUAAGCACUAUAAGGCUUGUGUUAUGUGUAACGGAUAGAAUACACAUACUGUACAUAUAUAAGUAUAUUUAUAUAAAUACAUAUUAAACAUCCAUGACUGGAGUACAAAUGCUCGUAUUCAUCACACAAACAUCUGCCCCCACCGGGAUUCGAACCCGAGACCUCUCGAGUCGACGACAGCCAUGAAACCUGGCGUACAAACCACUCGUCAUAAUUUAAUUUUUUUAAUUUUUUUUUUGGAAUUUCCUUCCGGUGAAGUCGUGUAUUCUUGAUUAAUUAGACCACUUAUUUAACAUCCUUCGCGUUUAAUUAGAGCAACUUCUAAAGAUUAAACCGUAUCUUUUAUGCCUAUAAUAAUUUAAGAAUAAUGCAUACUCAAGAUUUUUCAUAAAAUCGCUUGAAAGUAAAGUGUGAACGAAAAUCAAUUUAAUUGACGGAUUACUUUUGACAUUGCACUUGGCAAUAUUCAAUAAAUGUAUGGUCCCAUUGUGUUCCUCUGGUAACCCCAUCACCGUUUAGAUAAUAUUAUGGAAAAUCUUGAGUAUGCAAAAUCAAUUGAACGAUAUAAAUUCACCCUUCAUAAGAAUGUUAUAUUUUUAUAUUGGAAGCCAAAAGAAACGCCUUGUAUGGAAACAAAUGUCUUUGUCUUGGGUUUUUUAUAAUUAUGUUUUCAUUAAAACCCAAAUAUAUCAUAGAACAGAUAUAAUAAAUUAUAAACGAUUAUUACGAUUAUUAUAUAAUUUUACAUAUUAUAAUUCCGUCGCGUCGAAACUUAAUUCGUUGUAAAAAUGUAUAAAAACAUUGACACAAGUGUUUUAAUACUAGUCCAUCAUAAGUACUUAUUGUAUUUAAGCCGUUAGAAACUAGUUUUAUUUAUAAUACGAACGUUAAUUUAUUAGUUCAGACCAGAAAUUAACUUAGGUCCCAUUCACAACGGACGAUACGCGAACCGUAAACUUUACACUACCUAUCAAAUUUGAUAAAGAUAGCAUUAAAUUAUGUUCUUAAUAUAAACAUUUUCCAAUGUUGAUUUUAUAUCUAAAUUUCUUUGAAAGAAAUGAUUCUAAUCAUGCCUUCUAUUUUUUCUAGUAUAAACAUUUCUUCAUAAAUAAUAAGUCUAGUAUUUAAAUAUCAAUAUGAUGAAUUUUAUACGAAAAUUUCACGUUGCGUCCAUUGUGAACAUUGCCCCAGGUCUAUCCUACCGUAUCAAUAAGUUAUUCUUAUAAUUAAAUACAAAAACUGUUACAUACACUGUCUUUAUAACAGCAACUCCCCACUUAUAAACGCACACAACACAUGACGUCACAAUUCCUCCACCAAUAGGCAUCGGUUUAACUUUAACACACUUCCUAAAUUGAGUUAACAUGAAACUCAAUAUGUCAGCAAUCAUUUUUCAUUCAAAGAUAAAUAUUGUAUCUGCAUUUAAGAUGGAUCCUGUAUAAAAUAUACUAUACUAUAUUUAUCUGCGCUAAAACAAUUAGCCUCCUUUAUCAAAUUUGCCAAAAGGUAAUGUUAUAAAGUUAAAAUGUUUAAAUCAAAUAAAUGCUUUUUUGAAAAAUAAAAUUGGAAUGUGUUUUCCAUCAGUCAACUGCAGAAUGUCAAUAUUUUCGUGAAUUUUACGAAAAAAUAUACAUAGAAUUCAAUUCAACAAUUUCCUUGUACCAGUAGGUGGGUUAUUUAUUUAUAAACAAAUAUUGUUACACACUUGUUUGCAUGAAAUCUGUUUUAGUUUAGUUGGGAUACAAUUUUCAUCUAAGGUUUUUUUUCCGUUAGUGGUUUCUCAUUUGUUUAUAAUGUAAUACAAGGUUGCAUUUAAAAGCCCAAAACUUUGUUUAUUAGGUUUUUAUUAACAGAUUUCAUUGCAAUAAGUGUAAACAAAACCGAAAGACAAACAUUCAGUGCUUUACAACAAACUUAAACUCAAUACGCUUAGAAAUAAGAUUCAUAAUUAAUGAGUAAGCACUCUCUUGUGUUUAUCCCUCGGUUUUCUGAUUCAUACUUCCGUUUUAUCAAUAUAUUGACAUUGGAGGAUUUCAGGAAAUAUAUUCUAAUAUCUAAUAUACAUUGCACUAUUUGAAAUUAGAAAAAAAUCGAUUGUUUAAUAAAGGAGAUUGCUCAGCUUCCAUACAUGUUUGGCCUAAAAACCAAUAAUCAUGAAAAAUUGUUUCCUAGAUUCGAAAUUAUGUAUAAAUUACUGUAGAAACGAAUAUUAUUGACGGACACCCCUGAGAACUUCUAUAAACCAUAUACACUGAACAUAUUAAAAUAAUAAACAACAAAUAAGUUAUAUAGUAAACUAGGGAAAUCAAGCCAAGUACCGAAAUUAUGGAUUAGAUUCAGGUAUAUAGAGCAUGUACAUUAACAGAUAGUUGUCUGUUUUUAAAGUUAAUGCAUAAGAGUAACUUUUAAAAUCAGGUGUCAUUUCCGGUUAUAAUAAAGUACUCUGUGACAGAAACUGUGUGAUGAUUGCGAAUGAGCCACAGAUUAGAGAGAAUUUUUAAACUCUCGUUAACCAAAGAAAGCUAAGAGAUUUAGGUUCUAUAGCCAUAUAUUCAGCAGCUUCAUUAUUUUUGUUAUGUUUUUAAACAUAACAAAAAUAAUAUUUUAGUUAUUAGUGUAUCACACCUUAUAAUUUUAUUUAUUUAUUUAUAGUCAGGGUACGUACGUAGGUAGUAGGUAGAUAGAUACCUUAAAGUCUAACAUAUAUACAGAUUAUAAUGUGUUUAUGGAGGUGUUUGGCGAAAAAUGUAUGGCAAUAGACUUUAUGAUGUCGCCUACCAUCUAUAAUAAUUGUCUGAGCACAUUUGUAUCUAGUGAAAAUGAUAAUAUAGUUGUGGAUAUUAAUACCACAGUGUAAUAAAAAAAAAAAGAUUUAUUUUAUCGAUCUUUACAAAAUAGAUUUGUUUUUAUGUUAUAUAAACAAUUUAGAUUACUCUUUGGCUGAAUGUUACUACACCCAGAGCCAUUAAAAAUGAUUCGUAUGUUUUCCAAACCGGUAAAAUUAAAAGUCCUUUUUAAAGUAAACAUAUUAUACAAAGGUGUCCGUUGAAAUCUAAUGACUGUAAAUUAAAUUAUAAAUUACGCCAAGAAUUACCGUGUAUGUCAAUAUUUUUUGUGCAUUUAGGCCAAUUUGAGCAAUCUCCUUUUCUGGUAUGUUAAAAACAUUUAUAAUAAUAUAAUGAUAAGAAGUCAAUAUAAAAAAUAGUAAUAGUUUAUCACAACUUUGUAAUGAGAUUAUGAUGGAAAAUCAAUAUUUAUUUGCAAGAGUCACAUAUACUGAAAUCCGCCAAAGUCAAUACAAAUUAUCUCUCUCAACGAUAUCGCCAGACUUUUCAGAUGCAAAAUAAAACUAUAUAUCACGUUACAAAACGGGAUAAGAGAGAAAAAGAGUGGGAGAGAGAUAAUUAAUAAAACACUUUCCGUUGCGUGUGUGGGGUCAAGGUCAAAAUAAGGUCACAUAAAAAGUCACGUGACUACUAUUAAGGUCGUUUUUUCCACUUACGGCUUGUUGACCGGCGCAUCCAUACUGGGUAUGUAGUCGAGCGCCAUUAGGCAGGCGAAUACGGUCAUUAUCAUCUUGGGCUUGCGCUCCGUGAUGUCUUCGGGGAGGGCGUAAACUCUUGCGCCGCAACGACGCGCCAUUGAUAUGGCGUAUUUGGCGUUGGCUAGGUUCUCCUG